AUGGACGCCCUCGUGCAAAAGGCCAUCCGGCUGGCCGACGCGCUCAAGAAGCCGCCGCCGCCCGUGCCGUGGACCCCCGACGAGCCGUGGCCGCAGCCCUACCACCGCUGGGACCCCGACGCCGAAGUCUGGCUCCCCGUCCCGCCGUCGCCGCCCACGGGCCCCGGCGCCGACACCGACACCGACACCGACGCCGACGCCGACGCCGACGCCGACGCCAUCACCGCCAUCGCCCUCUACAGCUGGAACAUUGACUUCAUGCUGCCCUUUGCCGAGACCCGCAUGACGGCCGCGCUCGCCCACCUCGAGCGCCUCGCCGCCAGCCUGCCCCCGUCCACCGCCGUCGUCGUCCACCUCCAGGAGUGCACGCCCUCGGACCUCAUCACCAUCAGCCAGCGCCCCUGGGUCCGCGCCGCCCUCCUCAUGACCGACCUCGACAGCUCCGCCUGGGCGUCCGGCCUCUACGGCACCACCGCCCUCGUCGACCGCCGCCUCCCCGUCGCCGCCUGCUUCCGCGUCCACUACGCCGCCUCCCGCAUGCAGCGCGACGCCCUCUUCGUCGACGUCGACCUCGCCCGCCAGCGCCUCCGCCUCGCCAACACCCACCUCGAGUCCCUGGCCGCGGACCCGCCCCUGCGCCCGGCGCAGAUGCGCCUCGCCGCGUCGUACCUGCGCGGCGCCGAGGGCGUCGCCGGCGCCCUCGUCGCCGGCGACUUCAACGCCAUCCAGCCCUUCGACGACGCCCUGCACGCCGCCAACGGCCUCCGCGACGCCUUCCUCGAGCCGGGCCCCCGCGGCGCCCGGGACGCCGGCUUCACCUGGGGCCAGCAGGCCCUGCCGGCGCUGCGCGACCGCUUCGGCUGCUCGCGCAUGGACAAGGCCUUCUACUGCGGCGCCGUCAGGGUGCAGUCUUUCGAGACGUUUGGCGCCGACGUCGAGGUCGAUCCGCGCUGCCAACGGCAGAGGGACGCGCUGCUCGCGCUUGGCUUCGAGAAGGCUUGGGUCACGGAUCACCUGGGCAUCGUGACCACGUUUAGCCUUGCCAACGACACUCGCUUGUAG